AUGGAUCCGACUGCUCAGGAACUAAGCGAUAUAAGAAAACGAAUCAGCGAAAUAAUGGCAGACGUAUCAAAAGAGCAACAAGAGCUUGACGAAAUCAUUCAAUUUAUCAACAGGAUCGAACAGUUAGAUCUUCAACAAAUGUCAGGCAGUGCCUCGAGCGCAAGGGGGAAAAGAAACAAAGCUCAGGUUAAAUCUGUGAAGGAAGAAAAGGAGGACUAUGAGUGCAGGCGAGCUGAAAAAGAAGAAAGUCUCGGUCUUAUGUGGUGA